GCCCAGCCAGGAGCCGCAGCCACAAGCCGCACUCACAGGCAUGGCUCCCAUUCGGGAUUCCGUCAGCCACUCCCCUAAUCAAACAGGUCUGGAGCAUCCUGGCUUGGACUCACAGUAUGAGCCAUCCCCUUGGUCCUCUGGCUCUCCCUGCAGCAGUGACAGCAACAGCAACUGGGGGAAAGUCCUAGUGGACGGAAGCACCGACAAACCCAACAACCCUUCUUCAACCAACUCUUCCGUCUGGCCUCCCUCCUCCUCCUCAUUCUCUUGCUCCUCGUCUUCUUCCUCUUCUGGCUGUGGGUCAGGAUCAGACCCUGAGCUGGCAUCAGAAUGCAUGGACGCAGACUCUAGCUCCUCGAUCGGCUCAGAGAAAAACCUUGCCGCUGUUGCUGUGACAACAGUGAUGAUGAUGUCAGCAAAUGCUUCUUCCUCUGUGUCUUCUACGACUUCUUCACCCUCUUCCUCUUUGGUGACUUCUGCCAUGAUGGUCGGCGUUUCAGUGAAUGGAGACAGCAACGGCAACAGUCGUCAGGUUAUUGGUGGAGGGAUGGGAACCAUCAGCGGUGCAAAUAAUGGAAAUAAUAACAUCACCGGAUCCUCCCACUACUCUGUGGCUGGGUCCAGCAGUAUUGGCAGCAAUAACAUGGGUAACCACAACAUCAAGCUCGUCAAUAACAGUGGCGUAUGGGGCAGCCAGACAGGCAGCAACAUGAUCACCACGGGCGGAAGCACCCCUUGCAUCAAUGGAGGGUUAAACCCAAACUCUUUAAACCCAAAUGCCAACCACGGUGCCUGGCCACAGAAUCCAACCCCAAGCCCAGUGACCCAGGGCCAGCGGCCUCCACAGGCUCAGGGGAUGAGUUCCAAACUGGGUAUAGCUCCCCAACAGGGCCCCUUGCUGGGCUGGGGUGGCAUGGCAGCUCCAGACAACAGCAGUAUGAUGGAAGACACUGAGGUGAAUAAUGGUACAGCAAGCAGCAAGGUGUUAGGAAGCAGCAACAGUGGAAAUGGUGGCCUGCAGCCUACCAACCUUAACACUGAAUCCAAUGGACCAAAUAACACUAUUAUGAUGAAUACUACUACUACUACUAACGCCACAAUGACCUCUAGUCCACCAAACUCUACCGCCUCACCCCAACUCAGUGGGGAUUGUUCCUGGGGCUCCAUUGGAGGAGGGAAUGGGGGUCCGCUGGCCAAUGGAAACCCUUCAUCAGCCCCCCAGAACCCCCAAGGAGAGCUGGGGGGUCCUGGGGCUUUCGGUACGCCUUGGGGCGCAACUACCUACCCUGGAGACAAGGGCCCCCCAAAUGCAGACACUGUGAACCCCCAAAACCCUGCCUUAAUGCAGGCUGGGAACCCCCAAAUCUCCUCUACUGCUGCUUACAAGAGUAAUAAUAACCACAAUAACACUGGGGCCCCACGCUGGGACCAGGGGCCCACUAAUAACCCAAACCAGCCUCAGAGCAACUUGUCCUGGGGUGUUGGCUCAAAUCAAAUCCCAGGCUCUGCAGGCCAAACACCUGGAAAUGGGAACCAAACUACGAUGGGCCCUCCAGCGGGGAUACCUCGUCCCUGGGGGAGCAGCGCGUCAUCUUCUUCCUCUUCCUCAUCAUCUUCUUCCACAUCAAAUACCAAGAUGUCAAAUGGAGAAUGGGGAUCAGCAGCUCCUGGUAACAACCAUUCAGAUGCUGGAAGUCAGAAAGGAAGCUCUGCCAACAAUGGCUGGAAGAGCCUGGAGGAUGACGCCAUGGGCAUGGGAGGUGGAGGGGGAGGAGGUGGAAGUCAUGGCUUGGGGAGUGUCACUGGAGGCUGGGGUCGCUCUGGAGGAAGUGAAGGAAGCGGAGAGAGCUCCGGAGGCCGAUCUAGCUCAGACAGAGACAGCAGCCAGUCAAAAGGGGGAAACCGCAGAAAAGGUACCCAUUCUGCAACAAUAAUAACAGCUCUGACCCGGGCCGAUGUGGACCCAAGAGUUCUGUCCAACACUGGGUGGGGUCAGACACCCAUUCGGCAGAACACCGCCUGGGAUGUCAAUUCUCCUAACAAUCAGCCCCAGGGUCCCAGAGGAGAUGAAAGAAAGCACAGCAGUGGAGGCUCCAGCUGGGGCACAGCAACACCGGCAGCUCCCUCCCAGACCUCUGGAGGCUGGGGAGGUAGGCCCGGCAGCUCAGGCACGGAUACAGGAGGGUCUGGCUGGGGAGAGCAGAGACAAACCUCUGGGUGGGACAGCAAAGUCCCAGCAAGUGGAGGAGGUGGGCAGAGUGGCUGGGAUGAUGGAUCCAGCUACAAGGGUAGCAACACCAAUAGUAACACCUGGAGCAACAACUUCAACAAAGAUGACAGGUCCAAUACAUGGACUAAUGCACCCAAACCGCAGCAGGGCUGGGGUUCCAGUAGUGGAAAUGCAAGUGAAGGCUGGGGUAGCAGUGGGGAUGGUACCAGAGGAGGAGCCAACAACCACUGGGGGGAGCCCCAAAAAAGUGCAGGCUCAGUGGGCUGGGACAGCGACAGUGACCGGUCUGGCUCUGGAUGUUGGAGCGAGCCUAGCCGAACCAACACCAGCAGCAGCAACACGUGGGUAGGGAGUGGAGGAUCAAAUACUCCAGACCAGAGCACGCCAAACCCAGGCUCCAACUGGGGCGACUCAGUCCACAAACCCAGUUCUCAGAGUAACAGCCAGGGCUGGGGUGAGCCAGUGAAGAACAACCAUGGAGCCCAGAACUGGGGUGAGCCGAAUCCCAAGCCCUCCAACGAGUGGGGUAAAGGUCCUGAAUCCAACAUGUCCAGAGGCAAUCAAGGCUCUAACAAGCCCACAGGCUGGCUGGGAGGCCCGAUGCCCACAGUAGGUCAGAAGGAAGAAGUGGCAACUGGGUGGGAAGAGCCUUCUCCAGAGUCCAUACGGCGGAGGAUGGAGAUCGAUGAUGGCACUGCAGCUUGGGGAGACCCUGGCAAAUACAGUGGUGGAUCUGUCAACAUGUGGAACAGGACUAGCCAAUCAGAACAGGAGAACAUGGGUAUGUCCUCUCAGCACCAGUCCCACCCAGCACACAGCUCAAUGCAUCCUCCUCAGCCCAUGCAGCCUGUUGCACAGGAAAAAAGCUGCAGUUCUGGUUGGGGUGAGCCAUACCCCCAGCAGAAGGAGUCCUCAUCGUGGGGGGAGCCAGCCGCUGCUCCGCCUGUUACAGUGGACAACGGGACCUCUGCCUGGGGGAAGCCCAUGGACAGCAGCUCCGGCUGGGAUGAACCCAGCAGGGACAGCAGAGAGUCCGGUUCUGGAUGGGGCAGCCAGCAUAAGUCGGCUCCAGGUCCUAAGCCCAUGGAGACAUGGUGUGGUGAGGAGGUGUCCAUGGGUAAUAGCUGGGAUCAGGAAGAAGAAGUGGAGAUUGGCAUGUGGAGCAACAGCCAACAGGACAACAGGUCCCAUGACCAAAACACCUGGAACUACAAGCAUAAAGGCGGAAACAAGAUGAACAAACCAGUCAACAAACAGGAUGAACCGUGGAUGAAACCUUUCAUCAACCAGUUCAGCGGCAUGAACUUCCCUAGAGACUCUCCUGACGACCCCAUGAAGACAGGAGCAGGGAUGGUGCAGGACAAGCGUAUGGACAUGGGCAGUAUGGGAGACUUCAAUGGAGUAAUGGGGAAGAACCCUGGGUCUCGACACCAGCUCCACAAGGAGUCUGCCAUGGAUCGCAACCCUUACUAUGACAAGCUGUCUGUUUCCCCCUCUGCUUAUGAUAGUCCAGCUUCUGAUGAGCUCUCCUCCAAUCAAAGCAUGAGCUUUUCCCCUUCCAAUUCUGCUCAGCCUAUCCGCUGUCUCAACUCUGGGCCAUCUCCUGCCCACUCUAGUCCUGGGGCCACUCGGCAGAAUGUAAACCCUAUGUUGGGUGGCAGCAGCGUAGCACAGGGCCGAGGCGGCCCCCAGUCCCAGGUCCCCCCCCAACCCAACCUUCGUAACCAAGUGCCUCCACCCAUCCUGCCCUCUCAGGUCCCUCCAUCCCUGUUGAAGUACCCAGGAGGUAACGGAGGUCUGAACCCCCUGUUUGGCCCUCAGCAGGUGGCUGUGCUCAACCAACUCUCCCAGCUCAACCAGCUGUCACAGCUCAACCAGAUCAACCAGUUACAGCGUCUUCUUCUCCAGCAGCAGCAGCAGCAGCAGCAGCAACAGCAGAAGGCUCAGAGCCAGAGAACCAUGCCUGUGGGGCGACAGACUGAACAGACACGUCCUAUUGGUUCGUCUCCAUCAAUGAUGCAGCCCCCACGUCAUCUGGACCCCUCUUUGCUGAAACAGGCCCCACCUCUCAAACCGUACCUGGAAAACUACUUGUCCCACAAUGCCCCUGAGAUGCAGAAGGAUGCUGCCGCUCUCGGAUCCUUCAGCAACUUCCCUUUAAGCUUGAACUCUAACCUGAAUGUAUCCCUGGACAUGGGUGUUGGUGGUGGUAGUAGUGGUGGCGGAGCUGUGAGCUACAAAGAGCCGCCCCAGUCCAGACUGAAGAAACUUUGGGCUACUGACCCUCUGGAGCAGAACAGCAAACCUGGUGCUAUGUCGUCUGGGCUGCGUCUGGAGGACUCUCCCUUCUAUGACUUCCUGUCUCCUGGCCCAUCUCCCCUGAGUCCUCCCGGCCAAUCAAUGGGCUCGGUGGGUGAUGGCUGGCCGCCCCGUGCCAACUCCCCCCCGCCCCAUGGAAACACUGUCACGUGGCCCCCAGAGUUCCGGCCCGGGGAGCCUUGGAAAGGUUACCCCAACAUUGACCCUGAGACUGACCCCUAUGUGACCCCCGGCAGUGUCAUCAACAACCUCUCCAUCAACACCGUCCGCGACACAGACCACCUCAGGGACAGGAACAACGGGCCAUCCUCAUCACUGAACACCACGAUGCCUUCUAACAGUGCCUGGUCAUCCAUUCGUGCCUCCAGCCACAGCGGUUCCCUCACCAGUACAGCACAAAGCACUUCAGCCAGACCCAGUGAGUCAAAGUGGUCUCCCGGCGGCGGUUCUGUGUCCAACUCCUCCCUAGCCCAUGAGCUGUGGAAGGUCCCCCUCCCUCCCAAGGCGCUGUCUGUGGCAGCCCCCUCCAGACCACCACCUGGCCUCACCAGCCAGAAGCCCAGCCCCGCCUCCUCUGGCUGGGACGCCUCUGCCCUGAGGUUGGGGGGGUGGGGCUCCUCUGAGUCCAGAUACACACCUGGUUCCAGUUGGGGUGACAGCAGCAGCUCAGGGAGAACCCAAUGGCUUGUUCUGAAAAAUCUCACACCUCAGAUUGACGGCUCUACCCUGAGGACCCUGUGCAUGCAGCAUGGCCCUCUGAUCACAUUCCACCUCAACCUGCCGCACGGUAACGCCGUGGUAUGCUACAGCUCCAAGGAUGAGGCCGCCAAGGCCCAGAAGAGCCUGCACAUGUGUGUUUUGGGGAACACUACUAUUCUGGCUGAGUUUGCCAGCGAGGAGGAAAUCAACCGUUUCUUUGCACAAGGGCAGUCAUUGGCCACUCCCUCCUCCAGCUGGCAGGCCAUAGGCUCCUCUCAGAGCAGAAUGGAUCAGUCUCACCCCUUUCCCAGCCGCGCUCCUGAACCUAACCAGUGGAACAGCAGCGAUCUCCACAGCUCCUCCCUCUGGGGCGGGCCCAACUAUUCCAGUAGCCUGUGGGGGAGCCCCAGUGGCACCGAGGCGGGGAGGAUCAGCAGCCCUUCUCCAAUCAGCUCCUUCCUCCCGGUGGAUCACCUGACAGGGGGUGGGGACUCCAUGUGAACCGCCUGCCAAUCAAACAGGCUGGGGGGAAGCGUCAGUAGAGAAUUAUCAAUAAUCAGCAGAAGAAAAUGAAAAAAAAAAAAAAAAUGUAGUUAUAAACGCAAUGGCACUAGUUGGACUCUUUCUCACUUACAAGAUAUUCAACAAAACGGGGUCUCCCCUGUGGAAAACAAGUUACGUUUCUCUCUGCACAUAUGUCCACUUUGUUUUAGCCCAAAAACAUAUCAGUCGGAAUACUUGAAUCAUGCAGGCCAAUUCUAUAAUGUGAACGGAUGGAUAUUUGCUUCCAGGUAGUGCUCUUUCAGACCGAAAAAAGCUUCAGUCGAGCUCAUUAUUAUAUAUAUAUUUUUUGU